GUUGAGUUAUGUUAUUUUCUUUUAAACCAAUCUAUAGGUGUUACUUUUUGUUUCUUUUUUAAUCAUUAUCUCUUUUUUAAUUCUAAGAUUUACUGUAAAUUUAGUGUAUUUUCCUCCAGAUCAUGUUUUUUCUUUCUUUUUCAGAACUGAUAAAAUCUUAGAUCCGCGAAUUUCACCAGAGCGCCUUUUCUCGACCAAUCAAGUGUAAGAUUUUUAACCAAUCGCAAAUGCCAAUUUCUCUCCAAUGAUCAAGCUCUUCCAGAAGGAGAGUAACCAAUCAACGCUACUCGAGGUAAACACAAAACGUGUAAAUACCCAGAUUUUGCGCGCUCACCGCAUUCUAGUUUCUGACAACACAAAGGAAAAAUUCAACAUGUCUGGACGUGGUAAAGGUGGAAAAUCAAAGGCAAAGGCAAAGUCCCGAUCAACAAGGGCAGGAUUGCAGUUUCCAGUGGGUAGAAUCCAUCGUCUGUUGCGAAAAGGAAAUUACGCCGAGCGUGUGGGUGCUGGAGCUCCCGUGUAUUUGGCUGCUGUUUUGGAGUACCUGGCUGCUGAAGUUUUGGAAUUGGCAGGGAACGCCGCCAGAGACAAUAAAAAAUCCAGGAUCAUCCCCCGUCACCUGCAGCUGGCUAUCCGAAAUGACGAGGAAUUGAACAAACUCCUGUCUGGUGUUACUAUCGCUCAGGGAGGUGUUCUACCCAAUAUCCAGGCCGUCCUAUUGCCAAAGAAAUCCGGGUCCGGCAAGGGCAAAUCCAGCCAGAGUCAAGAAUUUUAGACCACGAGUCUAAAUCAUGAAGCAACGGCCCUUUUAAGGGCCACCAAUUUUUUCGAAAAGAUGCCUUCAUUUGCAAUGAAUG